AUGUCAUACAAAAUCCAGGCCGGCAAGAUCCCUUCAGACCAAGAACAGUGGGAAUGUCUUAAAUCCGUGCUUAUUUCUCAUUUUCUCGUUGAAGCAUUCCCUAUCUGGUUCUUUCAUCCUAUUUGCGAGAAGAUUGGGUUGAGCUUCCAGGUUCCAUUUCCUUCCUGGAAAACAAUUAUUUACCAAAAUAUCAUGUUUUUCUUUUUGGAAGAUGCUUGGCAUUACUGGUUCCACAGAGGUUUACACUACGGCAACUUCUACAGAUACAUUCACAAGCAACACCAUCGUUUCGCUGCACCUUUCGGUCUUGCUGCCGAAUAUGCUCAUCCUAUUGAAGUGAUGUUAUUAGGUUUCGGUACUGUUGGAAUCCCUAUUAUUUGGUGCUAUUUUACUAGAAACUUACAUUUAUUCACCAUCAGUAUUUGGAUUACCUUAAGAUUGUUCCAGGCCGUUGAUGCUCAUUCUGGUUACGAGUUCCCAGUUUCCCUUCAUCAUUUCUUAUUUAUCUGGGCGGGUGCAGAUCAUCACGAUGAACAUCAUCACCAUUUCAUUGGUAAUUAUGCCUCCUCUUUCAGAAUCUGGGACUACUUCCUUAACACCGAGGCUGGUGAAACUGCUAGAAAAAGCAGAGAAAGAAAGUCCAAGAUUGCUGGCGAAAAGAAAGCCAUCAUUAAGAACUAG